CCGCUUCCUUACACACAUCACUCUUGUUUGCUGCUCGUUGCUAACAACCUGCUGCCUGCAACUUCGUCUGUCCACCAUCCACCCAUGCAUUAACGGGUUCCAGGUGUUUAUGGGAUGUGUGUGAGGAUGAAUCCGUGUCUCUGAGGUUCAGCUCCGUGCUGCUGCAUGCUGCUCCGCGUCUCUCUCUCUUUCUGACGCUUGGGGUUGCAGUCUGGCCUCCAGCCGCGGCUGCGAUUUAACUUCAUUUCUCAGCGUCGGCUUGCUCUCAAAUCAUGUUUAUUUUAUAAAGAUGGCGGCGAGGGGCACACUGUAAACUAAAUGACUGUCAGAAACAUCGCCUCCAUUUGUAAUAUGGGCACCAAUGCCUCUGCUCUGGAGAAAGACAUCGGCCCAGAGCAGUUCCCAAUCAAUGAACACUACUUCGGAUUGGUCAAUUUUGGAAACACAUGUUACUGUAACUCAGUGCUACAGGCUCUCUACUUCUGCCGGCCUUUCCGGGAGAACGUGCUGUCUUACAAAGCCCAGCAGAAGAAGAAGGAGAACCUGCUCACAUGCCUGGCUGACCUCUUCCACUCUAUUGCCACGCAGAAGAAGAAAGUGGGCGUCAUCCCGCCCAAGAAGUUCAUCUCCCGCCUACGGAAAGAGAACGAUCUGUUUGACAACUACAUGCAACAGGAUGCCCACGAAUUCCUCAACUACCUGCUGAACACCGUGGCCGACAUACUGCAAGAGGAGAAGAAGCAGGAGAAGCAGAACGGGCGCCUCAAGAACAACGGGACCCCCGUCACCACAGAGACAGACACGGAGAACAAGACGGAGCCCACGUGGGUUCACGAUAUCUUCCAGGGCACGCUGACCAAUGAGACGCGCUGCCUCAACUGUGAAACGGUGAGCAGCAAAGAUGAAGAUUUUCUGGAUCUUUCUGUGGAUGUGGAGCAGAACACAUCCAUAACACACUGUCUCAGGGACUUCAGUAACACAGAGACUUUGUGCAGUGAAUACAAAUACUACUGUGAGGCGUGCUGCAGCAAGCAGGAAGCACAGAAGCGGAUGCGCGUGAAGAAGCUUCCUAUGAUCCUAGCCCUGCACCUGAAGAGGUUUAAGUACAUGGAGCAGCUGCACCGCUACACCAAGCUGUCCUAUCGAGUAGUUUUCCCCCUAGAGCUCCGUCUGUUCAAUACAUCGGGGGAUGCGGUUAACCUGGAUCGCAUGUACGAUCUAGUGGCUGUGGUGGUUCACUGUGGCAGUGGUCCAAACAGAGGCCAUUACAUCACCAUAGUGAAGAGUCAUGGCUUCUGGCUGCUGUUUGACGAUGACAUUGUGGAGAAAAUUGAUGCCCAGGCCAUUGAAGAGUUUUACGGGCUUACCUCAGACAUCUCCAAGAACUCAGAGUCGGGAUAUAUCCUCUUCUACCAGUCCAGAGAGUGACUGGAGCUGCAUCAGUGACACAGGAGAGACUAAAUAGGAUUUUUCUUUUUAACCUUUAGCCUAUCAGACUCCCACCAUCUCCAUCCCAUCCUGCUCCCAUUCUCCAAGUCUGACCUCUCUGAUGUACGGGCCAAUCCUCUGUCCCACCCCCAUCCUCUGGGUUUUACUGCACUUCAUCCUUCUCUCUCUCUCUCUCCCCCUGUAAUUUGCUUCUUGCCUUUUAGUCACCUGCAUCUGGACUGCACUUUAAAACCAAAGCAAAAAAACAGCACGACGGAAACAAAAUGGAUUCUACGUACACAUUGAGCUCCAGAUGCUCAGUGAAGAUCUGCAAAGGUGAUUCUCUAUCAGGAACACGAUGGGGUGAAGGGUCAGGCUGUCAAAAAUGGUGCUAUAUCAUUUCUAUGUAUAUAAGGUCUUCAUGUGUCCCCCACACACUGUUAUUCCUUUAAUAUGGGCUAUUUUUCCCAUCACUGUCUAGUUCUUUGUUUAGCUUUAUGUCCAUGGUUGAUGCAUGUAAAGCGAAUGAAGUUGGAGACAAACACUGUUUAAUGCUCAUGGAGAGGUUUCAUGCAUUAGUAAUGGCUUUGAAGCAAUAUCUGAGCAUUAAUUAGAUAGAACUCAAAAGCUAAACUUCAGGUGUAAAUGCUGAUAAGGAAGAGGCCCAAUAUAGAAUCACUAUUCCUGCUGUUGCAACUCCACAAUUAACAUAAAAUGUACCUGAGCCUAAUCCUCCUACACUACACAAGAAAGGAAAUCUGUUUCUCUGUCAGACUGGUCCACAUUGAAGUCAGCUGAAUCUUUAUAAUUUGUAUUCUGAACAAAAAGUCAUAUUUAUUCUACUUGUACUUAUUUAUUACUGUUAUUUGUAAUGCAGAAAGGUAGUUAAUGAAGGUAUUUGUGUAAUAUUGCUCCUCUGAGAGCUUUUUAUGUUAAGACCCAUAGUCUAAACUCAAUUUGAAGGACAUGGUGUAUGUUACACAACUUUUAUAGGACUGCACCAAAAACAAUUUGGGUUCAAGGUUCUUUAUUGUCAAACUAACAUAGCUACAGAGUAAUUAUGUCAUCGAAAAUCUUAGGUCACAGGCU